CGCCAUUCUCCCCCAUUCCAAACCGUUCGCUUUCCUCGUUCUUAACGGCCACCUUCUGAUUCCCCCAAAUCUCCACCUCACCGCUUCCUCCACACAAACCCCUCCCGAGCCCGGCUCCUUCCCGGUGUUUUUCUCCGUCCGGUUUUCGUCGAGGUUCCCCGCCGCCUCACUCCCCUUUGGACGGCUUUUCCCUCGUUUGUUGUCGCUUAGCCGUGUCCGACUCUUCGUGACUCCCACGGGCCAGAACUCGUUUACCUCACGGGAAAUCUCCUUUUUCCUCCCCCGAAGGCGAAGGGCGACCCCUCCCUACGAGCCCCCCUCGCUCGCAUAAAAUGAAGCCGGCAGCAAGGCGGCUCCUUUCUCUCCUCCCCACCCUCCAGUUGAGAAAACAUCAUCAUCUCUCUUUUCCUACUCUAUCCUCUCUUAUACACCCAUUUUUAAAAACAACAGACUUACCGAGCUCCGGCGGCUCCCACCUCAGCCCCACCGAUCCGAUCUUUCUCGUACCUUCGACGCAACUGCGCUUGCGCUAUACUAACCUGGGCUCCUGCUCCCUCCCUCGACGCAUGCGUCCGGGUUGUUUUUUUUCCUUUGCCCUGUCCUAACGUCACGAGCUAGCCCUCCGCGCAUGCGUUCUCCGACGCCUGGGUUGACGAAAGGCCAACGGCGCGUGCGUCGCCCUCCCUCCCCUCACGCGGCCGGCCCGCGGCUGUCCUCGUGAUCCACGUGCGUGGGAGGAGCCACGCGGAGGCCGGCCUCCCCGUGAAGGAUGGGCGAGAGCCCCUUUCGCUUGUUCGCCUUCUUCCCCGCAGAUGUCGUUGACGUACCAUGGCAGAGGAGCUGGCUCAGUCCGUGUUCUUUCAGCACCAGUACAUGUGCUCAGAGUGUGGGCUUCUGUAUGACACUUUGGAGGGAGUACUGGUCCACCAUCAGAGCCAUCUAGAGGAAUCAUGCGAGCCUGCAGCCACAGCCAGUGUAGCUGGCCAAGAGUCCCAGCAGGAUAGCCGCUAUCAGUGUCUGGAAUGUGGAUGUGUCCUUUUGUCACCUGAUGAGCUCUUAGCACACCAGGAAGUACACCCUAGGGAGGUGCCAAGCCGCCCCCAACCUCCACCAUCCACCACUGGACAGAUCCACUAUCAGUGCAGUGAGUGUAAUGAACUCUUUCCUUCUACUGCCCUGUGGCUGGCACACAGACAAAUGCACCAGAAGCAAAACGUUCCAGCCGAGUCCCCUCCAUCAAUUCCACCAGCUUCUUCAUCUUCCUUACAAGCAUCUGUUUCACAGCCAUCCCAGGCACCUUCCCUACCACCCUUUCAGGCAUUACUCCCAUCAUCCCCACAACCUGUUCCACCUGUGUAUCCCUACGAGUGCUCAGAGUGUGCCUUUCUCUUCCUAACACCCGAAGAGCUGCUAGAACAUCAGGGAGAACAUUUUACGGAGAUUGAAAAAGAGAGUGGAGAGCCCUCGGAGGGGGUAGCACAAGAGACUUGCAGUCCCCAUGAGUCUCCACUGCUGAAUUCUGCUGAACCCCCAGCCUUGCUUCCACCUGCUCAGACUUUCUGCUGUAAGGAGUGCAAGCAGGUGUUUGGAACCGGGGAGGCACUGUGGCAGCAUCAGCAGGAGCACACAGGGAGCACUGAGGAGUUUCUGUGUGGUGAGUGCCAACGUGGUUUUACAACAGCCAAGAGGUUGCUGGCUCACCAGCGGGUACAUGUGGAUGGCACCUACGAAUGUCCAAAUUGUAACAAGAUUUUCAAAAAGGCAGCCUCUCUUGAGCAGCACAUGCGGAUCCAUAAAGGUGAAGCACUCUACCUCUGUAUGGACUGUGGGCUUGGCUUCUCCACAGAGAUGACCUUGAUUAUGCACCGCAAGAGCCAUACAGCCAAUCCCCUUCACCGUUGCCACUGUGGCAAGACUUUCAGCAACAUGACCAAGUUCCUUUACCACCGACGUACACAUGUGGGCAAAAGUGGGAUUCCACCCACUCGUGGGGCAGGAGACCUAGUGACCAGUCAGCCACUUGAGCCAGCACCCAGUGAUGGGGAGGUAGUUGUGAACGGCUCAGUCUCCUCCUCCCCACCAGGGCCAUCAACAGAAGUGGCCAGUUCUGGGUUUCUUUGUCCUCAGUGCGGGAAGGCCUUCUCCACCUACAUACGGAUGGUGCGGCACAAGCGGGUGGUGCAUGUUUUGGAGCGCAAACACAAGUGUCCCACAUGUGGCAAAAAGUUCAAGAAAUUGGUGCAUGUGCGAAACCACCUGCGGACACACACUGGUGAACGGCCAUUUCAGUGCUCCGAGUGUGGCAAAACGUUUGUGUCUCAGGCUAACUUGGCACGACACCAUGUCACACACACCGGAGAGCGUCCCUAUCAGUGCCAGGUUUGCAACAAGCGCUUCACCCAGUCCUCUAACCUUCGCCAGCAUCGCCUCUUGCACAUGGGCCCGAAUAGGGAGGGCUCCCACUCUUGCAAAGAUUGUGGUGCAGCCUUUGCGCGAGCCCACCAACUGGCCCUGCACCGGACUGUGCACACUGGCUGCUUUCCAUUUCCUUGUCCCGAAUGUGACAAAUCUUUCCCUCGGCGGCGUCUCCUGGAAUUGCAUCGGCUCAGCCAUUCUGGGCACGAGCCCCACCGUUGUCCAGAUUGUGGUGCUCUUUUUGUAAUGGCUUCCAAGUUGCAGGAACACCGCUGUGCCAGGCGCCGUGAGCAGACGAGUCCGCAGUCUUACCCAUGCAAAUCUUGUGGGAAGUAUAUGGGCUCCCUGGCCAAGCUGGCCCUCCACCAGCUGGUACAUUCAGGCCAGCGGCCCUACUCUUGCCCACUUUGUGGGAAAGCAUUCACUACCCCCAGUGGGCUGAGCCGGCAUCAGCAGCGCCAUGCUGGCCUACGCCCUCACAAGUGCCCAGUCUGUGCCAAGACUUUUGUAGCAGCCUCCGGGCUGCAGCUCCACCAGCGUAUCCACACAGGGGAACGCCCUUUUCCGUGCCCAGACUGUGGCAAGGCUUUCCGUCAGGCUACCCAUCUGCGGGAGCACAGGCGUCUGCACACUGGGGAGCGCCCUUACCGCUGCCCAGAAUGUGGAAAAGCCUUUGUACAGUCCAUGCAUCUUGCAGAGCAUCGGCGCAUCCACACUGGGGAGCGUCCUCACCCCUGCCCCCACUGCCCGAAGACCUUCAAGACUCUGUCUAAUCUGCGAAGCCACCGCAAAACUCACACAGAACUAGCUCCUUGCCAGGAGGAUGCACUGCCAUCUGCUGAGUCCCUGGUGGCUACUGGCCAACCCAUCCAGACUAUCAUGUGCACUGAAUUUGGGGAGACAAUAGCUAUUAUUGAGAGUGCUGAGCCUCUGCCCUUGGUGGAAACGAUAGAAAUCUACCAAGCUACGCUUGAAGGCAACAUCCAGGUUAAUGCCUUUGUAUAAGGUCAGAAUAACAGUUAGUUCUUCUUUGCUGAAGAGCUCUAUGAUCAUCAUCAGGAAGCAGAGUACAGCUUCCUUUCUUCCAUGCAUCAGUCCAGUGUGUGUCUCCCUGAAGCUGAGCCUAUAGUGCCCAGAUGCAACCUAUUUGGUUUACUCUUCGGGUCUAUCUUCAGUCAAUGUGCCUCAUCUGGAAGGUUUCUUGGGCAGUGCUGUGGAUUGUUCAUCGCUCAACCGUGCCACAACCCUACACUUACUGUAAACUUCUUUAAAAAUUUCUUCUACGAUCUUCCAGUUUUGUGUUUGCCUGUGAGGCACAAGGAAAUUACUUGAUAUUUAGAACAUGUCCAUCUACUGUUAGCGUUUCCAUUAAAUUAUUCCUCUGUUCUUAGGAAAUAUGUGGCAUCUUUUUCUCUCAAUUGUAGGGAAACUGCAGCAAAGCUCUUUUUUCCUGUAAUAGAGUUGUGUUGCUAAAUCAAUGCAACUGGGGCAGCUACCUCUGAUAAUUUUGGAGAAGGAACUGUUUGACAGGUACAACAUCUUGUCCUUACAAAAAAAGAGUUUUGUUAAAAUUUCUUCUGUGUAACGGAUAAAAAAAAUCAGAUGUUUACUGAAGAUGAGUGGGGGCUUUUAAAAAGAAACAUUGGGGAAAACAGAUGACACAUCCUUUUCUGUUGACUUAUUUCAAUCAGCUUGGAUUUCUCUUUUUCCUUUAAAUAACAAAGAUAAGAGAAUCCAAGAUUAUUUCAGGGACAGAGAUUAGCAUAAUAGUGAGAAAAAUUAUCUCUGUGGCCGUGAAUGUCUGCUGAGAAACUUUUUGAGUAAAUCACAGUAGGUCCCUCAGUAAAUGACACGUAUGGCUUCUGUAGCAGCUGGUUCAGAUUUGCUGUUUCAGCAGGUUAAAGCCACUGUGAUGGUUGUCAGGACAGGAUGAAAACCUUUCAGAGUUGUUAAAAUCAGCAGAUGGGACUCAGAGUGCCAUUACUGUCGUUCAUGGCAACAAGGUUUGGCAUGUAGGAGCAGAUCUGUAGCAUCUAUAAUCAAAAGCUGAUCCAGGUUUCUGCUUCUGUGGUCCUCUGUGCUGACUAGUACAAGGAGAUUGUGUACAUGAUAGAAAAGGUUCUAUAGAAAAGUUAAUACCCAGGUAUACUUUUAAAUUUAGCUGAAACCAAAGGAUUAUUUUCAGAACUUGAUCAACUGUCAUUAAGCAACGAAGCAAAAAGGGGACAGAACUGCUUUGCAAAUCAAGUUUUAAUUCAUGCUUAUGUAAUUGUAUUGGACCAAAUCCAGUACUAUACGAGACUUAGUUUCCUUCCUUUUUCUCCUACAUGCCCCUUACUGAAAUCUCUGUCCGUGUCCCCCUGCCUUGGGAAUGAUUUUUAAUUAAAGAGCCUUUCCAAUCUACGCAUCUUCCAUCUCCUGAUGUGAAGCAGUUCCCGAUAGUGUGCCUACAAAUAUUUCUAUUAAUAAAAUGCACCUGAAAAAUCUGUACUACUUUAAAUAGAAGCUGGUUGCUCUCCCACAAAAAAAGCAGGCAAAAGAAUCUAGGAAUGUCAGCAUAGCCACUUUAGGUGUGGCUGAAUUUGUAUAAUUCAAACAGGAGUUGAGGAAAAAAGAUAACAGCCACAGAUGCUUUCUGCAUCUGUGCACUUAGUGCUUCAUAAGUGUUCAGUAAAAUACUAGACUUUUAUCCUGUUACCUCAGUAGCAGGUGCAUUAUAUUUGUUAUAGCUGUGGUUCUCAACUUUUUAGCUUUUUUCUACUUCUGUGUGCAGAAACUAUGGCCAGCUGUUUCUAUAGUA